AUACAAUAUGAUCGAUAAAAAAAUUCCGCAACGAGAAAAUUCGGAACGAGAUAUUGACGUGAUUUUCAAGUCCCACAUGUUUUCUUGUUUUGAUGACAUUAUGGAUUUGCAUUUUGGGGAGAUGGUUUCCAGAGCUUCACGACAACGCCGUACUCAAGCAAUUGAUGCUUCUGAUAAAGCAGAAGGUUAUCAUCUAGAUUGGCUUUUUACGAGACAUGAUCUCGCAAGAGAUCUUACCUGGGGGCGAGAAUUUUCACUGUGUGAAAGAGCAGGGUCUAAAAUUGAAAUGACGUUAUUAGAAACCUUGUCUAACGCAGGUGGUGGUGCUGUUCCUGUAAAAGUUGCUCAAGCUUUCCGAAAACUGCUUCUGCCUGGAUUUAUCUCAUCUCGAUUUUUUAUUCGGGUUUUGUUAAAUGUAUACAUUGGUGGUAAAUACCAUGGAUCCGUUAUACUGGCAGAAUUUGAUGUACCCACUCAAUUUGAUGAAAUGAGCAAGAUUGUAACAAUAGCACGGAUGAUGUUAAACGUAAAGAAUAUUUUCAAACAAACAAUAAGAACCUUCACUUUGAUGGAGGAAGCUUCCAAGAAGAAGAAACACUCUGUAGAUAACGUAUUGGUGCCAUCAAGAGUCAAAGAGCAUGUGUCUCCUAAAGCUAAGAAACAA